UCUUCUUCAAGUCAUCUCUUCAGCUUGAACCGUAGGUCACAGAGGUUGAGCCCAUUUGUGAGUCCAAUAAUCUAUCUCACCUUCUAAAAGAUUGCUUCAUUUCUUCUUGGACCAUUCUUCUUGUCCAGUCUCAGGUAUGAAGGACACAAUCUCCUAGCAUACAAAGGGUGCAGAAGUUGAGAGAGAGAGAGGGAGAGCGAGAGGAAGAGAGAGAGAGAGGGAGAGAGAGGGGAGGAGAGGAGAGAAGUGGAUGGGAGGGACCCUGAGGAAGCAGUCAGUGUGUAUGUUCAUUUUUUUUCUUCUUUUUUUUCACUCCUCCCUUCCUCCGCUCUCUCUGUGCCCUCUCCUCUUUUGGUCCCGGAAUCGACAGGCACUGCCUCUGUAGUCUGUGGACACACCGACCCUCUCUAGAUUAGCCUUCAGCAUCACUUGGACUCUCCUUUUUCCCCCCAUUUUCCUGAGCACCAGCUUUCUUUUCUUCUUUCUCUUUUGCCUCCUCUCUCCUUAUUCCCACGGGAACACACCCUCUUACCCCGGAACCCCUGCCUCCUCUCCUCUCCUCUCCCUCUGUCUCCAUCUCUGAUUCACUCCAUAUCUCUCUCUCCUUCAACUCCUCUCUCAGACAGCAGCAUGGUGAACAGAUAAGCUGGCUUGCUGUUGAUCACCAUGGGCUCGUGCCUCUGCAAAGGUCACAAAGCGCUCCAGAGUGCUCAACUGUAUCCCAUGGGAGACCUUCAGUCGUACACGGAAGGACAGCCCAUUAACAAGGGUAUUCAUCAGCCUUACAAUGGCGGCUGUUCUGAUAAGAAGAAUGACGGUGGUUAUGACAUUGGUGAGCUGGCCACGUCCUCUCUGCAGGGCCUGGUGGCCACGAUAAAGGAGCGCAUCACCAAGCCCACGGCGAUGGCCCAGGGCCGCGUGGCUCACCUGAUCGAGUGGAAGGGCUGGGGGGGCGAUGGGGUAGCCGGGGGCGGCUGGAGCGGCUGGGACCAGCCUGGAGGGGUGGGCGCCGCCCUGCAGGAGGACCAGCAGCUUUACUCCCAUCUGACCGACGAGAUCAAGGAGGCCCGCUUCGCCGCUGGGGUGGCCGAGCAGUUUGCUCUCGCCGAGGCUGCUAUGGACGUCUGGUCUCCCCACAUCAUCUCAGACCAGCCCACGGCCAAUUCGGUCACGCUGCAUGGCGCAGAGGGGCUCUUCCUGUCCCAGUUCCUGCUGGAUGGAGGCAGCAUUGAGGUACCCCAGCACCUCUACAGUGUUCACAUGGAGCCCAGACCCGACGCCAGGUCCCUGUGGCCCCCACCCCAAACCCAGUCCUGCUUCCUCGGUUCCCCUCACCUGCCAGAGACGCAGCCCCCCACGCAGCCCCCCCUGAGGAUUCCUCAAGCAGAAAACACAGUCCGGCACGUCGACAGCACCUCCCUGUCCGAGGAUGAAGUUUUCUACAAUUAGGACUCUGAUUGAAACAAGAGAAACUCUUCCUUUUGGAGUUGUGGAGUUGAAUGGAAAGGACCAAAGGCUUUGAGAAGGACAGAGGAGAUGGACACGAGAUGGUGGCUUUGAGAUGGGUGGUGGCAGAGGGCAUGACAGAGGAGAUGGACACGAGAUGGGUGGGUUGGCUUGGUGAGCUCUGAGCUGGUGCACAUGGCUUCAGGUUCAGGCGUGCAGUAGGGUCCGCGUUCAGGGACUGGGGCAGGGGAGGGGUUCUGUCCGAGUGCGUGUGCAGUGUGCAGACAUGCUACCAAUGCCAAACAGCUUUCUGAAUAACGUCCUUGACAAUGUUUUUUUGUAUCGCUGCUUCUACUUGUCUCAAAUCCAGAUUAUGAUGGAAAUCAGAAUGUCUUUUUUUACAGACUAAAAUAUAUAUGUGAAGGUGUAGUAUUAAAUAAAAACUAAAUGUAUUAAUGUAAUUAUCUCUUUGGAUGUGUGUGUGAAAAAUCUGAAGUCCAUGAACAGCAAGCUUUGACAUUCAGGAGACCCAGAGGUGCUGCAGUUCAUUAUCCUCCAGAAGGACACCUUUUAGACACUUUGUCUUCUGCAAUUCACUCACAUUCACAAAGCAGGUUUCGAGCGAGGCCAUCUUGCUGAAAGGAGGCCUAUGUGAACACAGCCAUCAGGCAGUGAAAGGGAUUUGCGCCUGUCUGGCCCCCGGCAAUCAGAUCCAACCACGUUGGAGGUAGCCACUUUUGUGGGCUUUGAGUUCACUCUUGCAUCCCAGAAUGACAUGCAUAUUGGAAAGUGAGUCUCUCCCACUCACUCACACAGCUGUGGACUUCCCUUAUGCACUGAAAUCACAGGGCAGAGAAUAGCGAUGAAUUUUACCAUGUAAUAAAAUGUCUGCAUACACUCCA